AUGGUCGCCUCCCCUACAAAACCCUACUCCCUCGCCAUAAUAGGCGGCGGCAUAUCCGGCCUCACACUCGCCAUAACCCUCCUGCAAUACAACAUCCCCUUCAUCAUCUACGAAGCCGCGCCGCAUUUUGGCGAGAUAGGCGCCGGCGUGGCCCUCGGGCCCAACGCCGGCCUAGCAAUGAAACUAAUGUCACCCGCAAUCUUCGACGCCUUUGUAAAAUGCAGAACAGAAAACGUCGGCUCCAAGCUCGACGCCUGGUUCACCAUCCGCGUGGGCGACAUCCGAAAAGCAGACAAAGACGGGUUUGUGAAGCCCGGGAAAAAAGUUGGUGACGAGCUAUUCGAUGUAUGGAUGCCGCCGGGUGGGGAUAGGGGAGGCGUGUAUAGAGCCACGUUUUUGGAUGAGCUGGUCAAGCAUGUGCCGGAUAGUCAUGUCAAGUUUAAAAAGAGGUUCAAGGAUAUGCGGGAGGCAGAGGAUGGGUCGGGCGAUAUGGUGGUGCAGUUUGAGGAUGGGACUACCGCGCAGCAUAGUGCUGUUAUUGGGUGCGAUGGAAUUAAAUCAAUGACGCGCAAGUGGUUGCUGGGGAAGGAUCAUCCUGCUGCCAACGCAGUUUUCUCAGGCAAAUAUGCGUAUAGGGGUCUUAUUCCCAUGAACGAUGCGAUCGAGAUGCUGGGUGAGGAUGCGGCUCGUAAUAGUCAGAUGUACCUAGGGUAUCAGGGUCAUUUGCUCACUUUUCCAAUUGAGCAUGGGAAGACGAUGAACGUCGUAGCGUUCUCCUCCCGCGAAACCUGGGACGACGAGAAAUGGGUUAUCAACACAUCCAAACAAGCCAUGGAAGCCGAAUUCGACGGCUGGGGCCCACACGUCCAGAAAAUCAUCGGUGCAAUGCAAAAACCCGACAUUUGGGCCCUGUUCAUGCACCCGCCUUGUGAGACCUACACCAAAGGCCGCGUGUGCCUUGUAGGCGACGCGGCACAUGCGACUACCCCUCAUCAAGGCGCAGGGGCGGGCAUGUGCAUAGAAGACAGCUAUAUCAUGGCGAACUUGAUUAAGGAGGCGGAUAACGCGGAUGAUUUGAAAAAAGCUUUUGCGGCAUUUGACCAGGUGCGAAGGAAAAGAACGCAAGAGAAUGUGCAGAGAAGUUAUGAGAAUGGUAAGAUGUACCAGUUUGAGCAGUAUGGGGACGAUUUAGAUAGAAUUGAGAGGGCGUAUGCCGAGAAGAUGAAGUGGGUAUGGGAUAUUGACCUUGAGGCGCACUUGGCGCAGGCGAAGAAGAUUAUGCGGGAACAGUAAGGUCGUGCGCCUAUUGAGAAAAGAGGUUCGAUCCAUGUUUGAGAAUUCGAGUCUUGUUAGUUUGGCAUUCGUAUCAUACAGUAGUAUUGCCUAAUUACAUAUUCCAAUGGCAUUAUUCAGUCGAUAACAUCAUCCCUCAGAGUGAAUAUCUGCUUCAACACCUCAUCCGUCUUGGCACUGAUGCCGUUGUGAUACAUCAUAUUCGUGACAAACAUCUUGCAUCCCUUGAUCGUGUUGGCCGUCUCCACACUUAGAUCAAAGUCCACAUACAUGUCAUCAGUGUAAACGGCCGCAUAGACCGGUACCUCAUUCUUCUUCAACUGGUCCACGUCGUAGAGUUCCGGCCAGUCUUUUUCUUCAGCCAGGAGCAUACCGACUGUCUUGAGCUUGGCAAGCUCUGGGUAGCAGUCAAACAUGAAAGGGUAGAUCAUUUCGCCUGUGAAGAAGACGGGAUCGUCGCUGUCAACACGGGAGAGCGAGAACUCUGGGUACUUGGGGAGAAGUCGUUCAGCGGACCAGUUUGCUGCGGUACCUUGGCAGUAUAUUGGCUCGUGAAGCAGUGCGUAGAUGACGUUUGUAUCCCAACUCUGUGCUGCUUCCAGCGCGAGAACAGUAGGGCGCGUCAAAUGCCCGAAUUGAUUCAAAUCGGUGUCAGCACGUAGAACAAAGUCGUGUACAUCGUCGAAGCCACCGUGCUUGCCAAAGUAGAUUCC